AACAGAGAGGGAGAGAGAAAGCGAGCGCCUAAUAAACUUCGAACGCGAACAGCGGAAACAGAGGCGGCGAAGCAAAUGGCGGAGGCCCCGAGCAAGAUCGAAUCCAUGCGGAAGUGGGUGGUCGAUCACAAGCUCCGAGCCGUAGGUUGCCUGUGGCUUAGCGGGAUCUCCAGCUCCAUCGCGUACAACUGGUCGCGGCCCAACAUGAAGACCAGCGUCAAGCUCAUCCACGCAAGGUUGCACGCGCAAGCUCUAACGAUCGCUGCCUUAGGUAGUUGUGCAUUAGUAGAGUACUAUGACCAGAACUAUGGCUCUUCAGGACCAAAGGUGGACAAAUAUACAAGGCAUUACAUGUCACACUCGCAUAAAGAUUAAUUAUCUGCAUGGUCGGUGCUGGAUCCUGGAUUAGUUUUAGGUUCUUUCCUGGGCUCCAUCAAAGGGGUCUCCCAGGAUUGUUCCUUUAAGUCUUCUUUAUUGUGAAACGAAAUGAUACUUGCCAGGUCCUGUCCUGAGCAAUGAGGGUGUUAUACACAAUUGCAUAUAUGAUCUGCAUAACGUGAAUGUAAGAUUCAUUCGGUAACAUUAUGUUGUACUCUUUAUAUGAUGUUGCACUGGAUAUAACAACAGUGUUCUGAUGUUGCACUGGA